UGAAAACGUCAAAAUGGGGUACCCAUUUUUCCUUUGCCUUCUCCAACAAGGGGCAGGCAAAAUUAUAGAAGGAGAAAAGCUGCUUACUUUGAAUUCCUAACCAAGGCAAAACUUGGUAGAGGCGACAAUGGAGUUAUUUAUUAGAAUGGGCUAUCUUUAUAUAUCUUUCUUCAUUAUAAUUAUCUUUGUUGACCUUGGAUUAUGCUUUAAUGGUCAUCCCAACUGCAAAGAAUCAAAAUGCAACCGCCAUGGCCCCGCCGUCCGAUUCCCCUUCCGAAUAAAAAACCGGCAACCUGAUCACUGCGGCUAUCCUGAAUUUGGCUUCGAUCUAUCUUGCACAGAAAACAAAGAGACGAUGAUCCAACUUCCAGAUUCAGUUGAACUCUUAGUCAAAGAUAUCGAUUAUGUUUCUCAAGUAAUUUACACAACCGAUCCACAAAAUUGCCUUCCCAAACAGCUUUCGAAUUUCAAUUUAUCUGGUUCUUCCUUCCGGUUUCUGAACGAGGAUUCGAAUAGCUUUGUCUUGUUUAAGUGUCCUAAAGGAAGCAGUGAGUUUCUGCAGAUGCCUUGUGCUAGUGCUAACGAGUACCAAAUUAACGUCUUUUCUUCAGGCAUUUCUAUUGAUAAUGUCGGUUUGUUAUAUUGUACGAAGAUGUAUGAUGUUUUGCCAUUUCCAAGUGAAAUGAUUGACGGAGGAGGUAAUAUUCUUCAUUUGACUUGGUAUAAUCCAAGUUGUGGAUUUUGUGCAGCGCAAGGUAAAUACUGCAGAUUGAAGGCUAAUAGCACUCAAUUUGAGACGGAAUGUUCUGGCAAGCUUGAAAGGUCGUCUACAAAAUUCUUGGCUUUAGGUAUUGUUCUUGGUUUGUUUCUUCCAGUAGUAGUGUUGUUGGCACUUUACCGGCUUUAUAUCAAUGAUAAAAUAGAAAAAGAAUAUCAAUCCAAGAUUGAAAAUUUUCUGGAUGAUUACAAAGCCUUCAAGCCGACAAGAUAUUCAUAUGCUGAUAUCAAGAGGAUCACUAAUCAAUUCAAGGAGGAAUUAGGUGAAGGAGCUUAUGGAACUGUAUUCAGAGGAAAGCUAUCUGAUGAAAUUACAGUAGCCGUUAAGGUUCUCAACAAUUUCAAAGGAGAUGGAGAGGAGUUUGUAAAUGAAGUGGGAACAAUAGGAAAGAUACACCAUGUAAAUGUGGUACGCUUGGUUGGAUUUUGUGCUGACGGAUUUAGACGAGCUCUAGUUUACGAGUACUUACCAAAUGACUCCCUAGAUAAAUUUAUCUCUUCUCCAGACGACAAGAACCAUUUUCUUGGUUGGAAAAAGUUGCAAGAUAUUGCUCUUGGCAUAGCCAGAGGGAUCGAGUAUCUCCACCAAGGAUGCAAUCAAAGAAUCCUCCAUUUCGACAUAAAACCGCAUAAUAUCCUUCUUGACAACAACUUCAACCCCAAAGUCUCUGAUUUCGGCCUGGCUAAGUUGUGUUCUAAGGAUCAAAGUACAGUUCCAAUGACAACAGCUAGAGGGACAGUUGGCUACAUCGCUCCUGAAGUUUUCUCAAGGAACUUUGGGAAUGUUUCUUAUAAGUCAGAUGUUUAUAGUUUUGGAAUGUUGGUGUUAGAAAUGGUUGCAGGAAGAAAAGUUAUUGCAGAAGGGAAUGAUGACCAAAUAUACUUUCCAGAAUGGAUUUAUAACCUUUUAGAAGAAGGAGAAGACCUUAGGUUCGAGUUCGAAGAAGAGGAAGAUGCUAAUAUAGCAAAGAAACUUGCGAUUGUAGGACUAUGGUGCAUUCAGUGGAACCCAGUAGAUCGCCCUUCCAUGAAAAUUGUUGUUCAAAUGUUGGAAGGAGGAGACAAUUUAUCGAUACCUCCUAACCCAUUUAGCUCUACAAAGCCAAUGAGAACGUAUGCAAGAAUCCGAAGAAGACAUCUUCACCGUGAAAUGGCGGUCAUCUCAGAAACAGAGUAAUUUUAAAUAGAGAUAAUCUGUUAUUAGCUAAUUUGAUAGUGAUCAUGUAAUUAGAAACACAAUAUAAAGAAACAGAGCCAAGAAAGUUGUGUUCUUAUGAUUUAAAAUGAAUUUUCAAUCAAA